AAUGGAAAUAGGGGAGGGAACAAGGAAGGGAUUUAAGGCUGGAUGAAAUUCCGUUUCCGCUUUAGGGAGUGAAAACUGAUUUGAGCAGAACUGACUUGAAAAUCUAUUUAUUUCAGAGACCCACUCAACUUUUACAAUAUUGAUUGUACUUUUGGAUAAAUUGUAUCAUGGCUACUUCGCCGCAAAAGUCGCCAUCCUCUCCGUCGCCGACGACUCCGAAAUCACCCUCUUCCAGAAAGAAAGAUGACUCGUUCCUGGGAAAACUUGGAGGAACUUUAGUAAGAAGAAAGAAGGCAAAAGAAGUGUCUGAGCUCCAGGAAGAGGGGAUGAACGCCAUCAACCUGCCCUUGAGCCCCACCCAAUACGAACUGGACCCAGAAGACACCAUGCUAGAGGAGAAUGAGGUCCGCACCAUGGUCGACCCCAACUCCAAGAACGACCAGAAACUACAGGAACUCCAGAAGGUGUUGAUCGACUGGAUCAAUGAUGUGUUGGUGGGGGAGAGGAUCAUCGUGAAGGACCUGGCUGAGGAUCUAUAUGAUGGGCAGGUUCUGCAGAAACUCUUUGAGAAGCUGGAGGGGGAGAAGCUAAAUGUAGCUGAGGUGACCCAGUCGGAGAUCGCCCAGAAACAGAAACUACAGACGGUGCUGGAGAGGAUCAACGACUCCAUCAAGGUCUCUGCCAGGAGCAUCAAAUGGAACGUGGACUCGGUCCAUGCUAAGAGUAUAGUGGCCAUUCUUCACCUGUUGGUGGCGCUAUCUCAGCACUUCAGAGCACCAAUCAGACUUCCUGAUCACGUGUCCAUCCAAGUAGUGGUGGUUCAGAAAAGGGAGGGGAUUCUGCAAUCUCGUCAGAUCCAGGAGGAGAUCACGGGCAAUACAGAGGCUUUAUCUGGCAGACAUGAGCGAGAUGCUUUCGACACCCUGUUUGAUCAUGCUCCAGACAAGCUCAAUGUGGUAAAAAAGACUCUCAUCACCUUUGUGAACAAACACUUGAACAAACUCAAUCUGGAGGUGGCUGAACUGGACACACAGUUUGCUGACGGUGUGUACCUUGUUCUGCUGAUGGGAUUGCUGGAGGGCUACUUUGUUCCACUCUAUAAUUUCUUCCUGACUCCUGAGAACUUUGAACAACAGGUGCACAACGUGUCCUUCUCUUUUGAGCUGAUGCAAGACGGAGGUUUGGAGAGACCCAAACCUAGACCUGAAGAUAUCGUGAACUGUGACCUCAAGUCAACCCUGAGGGUGCUGUACAACCUCUUCACCAGGUACAGAAACGUGGAGUGAAUAUGCUGUGUUGGGGGUGACUCAUUUUAUGGGGUAUCACAUUCAAGUUUCAAUCGUUUUUUCCCCAAUUACAUGCUUCAAGGGAAGUUGUCCCUUGCAAAGAACACUACGAACCAAUUCAGGACAUUCAGCAUUGGUAUUAUCAAUAUUUUUUUAUAGAUUCCAUUAUUCCAAAUAUUUGAUGUGCUAUAAUAAUAACUUCUACUAUUGUAUGUGCUGUUUGCCAUUUUAAAAUACACUACAUACUGUAUGCAUUUUUGUUUCUUAAAUGAAUGCAUAUUAGUCUAAGUAAAAACAGUCAUUGUAUGAAUGUUUUUUUAAUUAUAUUUUUAAUAGAUAAAUUAAAAAAUUUCUUAAUGUCAUAUUUCAAAAGGUUGAUAUUGUGAUGAAAUGUCUUCAUGUUUCCAUCGCUAAAGUUUCAUUUAUUUACUAAACAAAUGUUUGUUAACCUACAUUUAUUGUGCUUUUGUGUGCACCUGACCUUCUCAUUCACUUAGCUGUUUUCUACUUUCACUAGUGGAUAAGUGCCUUUUUAAAAUAAAAAGACUGUACUGCAUGCCAUUUUAUUAGGAAGACACCACUUAAAGUGCUGACUGUGAUUGAAUAUGCUCUUUUUCUUUAUUCUCAAAACUGCUUUGCCAUGUCUCAUAUAUGUUAAAUGUUUUAAUAACCCCAAACUGAAAUUCCUAAAAUGUUGUAAUGUUAAAACAACCUUGUAAAGAAACGGAAGGUCUCCCUCACGGUAACACUUUGUUUGGAUAGUCCAUCUGUAGAUGUUCUACAGCCGAGCUCUACUGUGGAACAUGUGUAAAAAAAAAAAAAAUGAUAACUUGAACGUAAACCUAUGCAAUAUCACCCUAUUAAAAACAGCACUGUAUUAAUGAGAUUUGUAUAGAACAUUAUCACUGCAUAUUGGCUUUGCUUGAAUUGCCCUGCCAAUGCAUUGUUAUUCUUCAGACCAUUAAAAAAUAUAUAUAUUUGAUGUAGGCUAUAGGAUCACACCAAUAAUAGAUCAGUUGUUGUAUUACUUGUGAAGCACGGCUGAGUGAGCGUACAUUUGAAAUAAUUCACUUUUUUUCUGUUUUCUGGUCUCACGGUGCCUGCAUCUGAUGGUCAGUCUCAGCAGAGGGAGAGAGCAGCAGACUGAGGGUCCGUCUCAACAUCCCUCUGCUCUCUCUUUCCUCCGCUGACACUGACCAAGAAGGGCCACCGUCUUCCUCGAUAUUAAAUAAGACCGAAGCCGCUAAUAAUAACGCAAGCCAAUCGAUACACUUUCCUACUCAUUCUUUGCUGUAUUUGCUGAGUCUCUCUCUGGUCAUGGUUUUUAAACGUUUAAAAAUCUUACAGCCUCAACUUUGCUGUAGCGUUCUUUUACGCCUGCUACUUUUACUGCAGAUAUGUUAAUCUGAGCCAUUCGAUUGGCCAGUGGUAGGCCUACACUUCACUUGAUUUGCUCCCACCGGGAAGGCAUAGUUUGUACCUUCAGACAUAUGAAAUGGGAACACAUCGCCUACCCGGCAUACAGGGCAGCUGAAUCGAGUGCGUCUACCACUGACAGCGCAAGGCUUACCACUGUUUUUUUGUUUACAGAAACGUUUGGCGAUUAGACUAGGAAUGCCUUGGAGAUCACUGCUCUAUAGACUAUCAGUAACAUUUCCACUACAGUGCAAUCGCAAAGUAUUCAGACCAUUUGACUUUUUCCACAUUUUGUUACAUUACAGCCUUAUUCUAAAAUGGAUUAAAUAGUCCCCCCCCCUCAUCAAUCUAUACACAAUACCCUAUAAUGACAAAGCGAAAACAGGUUAUUCAGAACCGCUUUGUCAUUAUGGAGUAUUGUGUGUAGAUUGAGGGAACAAAUGAUCUAUUUUAGAAAAAGGCUAGCGUAACAAAACGCAAAAAAGGGAAGGGGUCUGAAUCCUUCCUGAAUGCACUGUACCUACUAAUCAUAUCCUUAACCCUGACCCUUAUUCUUUACCCUAACUGUAACCUUAUCAACAUAUAGUCAUACUAUCUGUAGAGCAUCUACAGAUGGAUAAUGCGGACUAUCCAAAUAAAGUGUGACCUCGCUCACUAAUGCAGAGGUCUUAAAGAUUUGUCAAAUGUGUGAGAAUUGGGGGUUUUGCGAACACUUUUUCAAAUGAUAUACACUACAAGCGUUUGUAUUUUGAGUUCAUUCAUCUGUAGUUUCUAUUGCUCAUCUGUUAAUUCUGAAAUAAAACAUUGUCUGGAUAUUA